AGCCAUUUCGCCCGGGCAGAAAAUUCCGACCGCUACACGUACACGAAGAAACGGCAUAUAGUAUCACACCGUGUACGAGCAAUAAUCGAUUCCGGGACAAUAAGUUUGAAUAACGGUAACCAGAGGUUGAUAAAAAGAUAAAAAAAAAUUCAACCGCGAGCGAUCAUGAACCGUUUUCUUGGCUUUCUACUCUUCGUGAGCUACGUAUUUGCCAAGCCAGCGACCUACGACGAGUAUCUCGCCCUCGAGGAUGACAUCGCUACCGUCGGCUCUAUCCGUCGUGACGUGCGAGCUCCUCUGCCUUCAGGAUUUGCCAUCGAAGUAGCGGACCUCCUCAGCGCUGGAACUGAGGCCAGGAAAUCGCGAGAGGCAAAAGGGGCCGCGGACCCUAAGAAGACUGCGAUGAAAAACGCAUCGGGAAAAUCCGACGAGGGUGGAUACUACAAGAGUUACGGCAGCGAUGCCGAGGGUGAAAAGGGGUAUCUCAAGCAGACCUACAGCAAGGGUGAUCACGGCUACAAGACCCUCGACACUUUCCACAAGCAAGACGGUGACAACUACGGUUUCGAGAAGCACACCGCGUUCGGUAAGGCCAAAGGAGCCGAGGAGGGCGGAGAACACGGAAAGAGCGGAUCCUACAAGAGCGCCGAAGGCAGUGACGGCGACGACCACGAGGGUGCCGGAACCAUCGUGGACGCUCAUUACGCCCCGUACGAAGGCGAACACCACAGCGAGGGUGAACACGUGUCGUCCGAAGGGGGGGACGGUGGGCAUUAUACGGAAGGAGGGGACGGCGGGCACUACACAAGCGGCGGAGAGGGCAGCUCCGGAAGUUACUCAAGCGAGGGUGGAGACGCGGGGCAUUACUCCACCGGGGGCGGGGCGGAGGGCUCAUACGGAACGCACGGCUCCUACUCGAGCGCGGAUGACUCUGGGGAUCAUCAGGGUUACGUAGACGGCGGCUCCGAGUACGAGGGCGAUCACUACUAGCUUACCCCCGGAACAACGAGGGGCGGAGAUUAGCCGAAGUCGAAGUUUACAGCCACGGCUGAGUUGCACCUGCAGAUCUAGAGGCAUUGCGGAUUUUGGCGGUUGAGAUCACUUCCAUCACCGUCCCGCAGCUAUUUUUGUACAUAUAACCUAUUAUAUAUGGUAUAAUGAUUUGAAGAAUGUUCACCACCAUGUCACCGUUGUUAGUUCAUUAAUAAAAAUUUGUUCAACUUCA